AUGGAGUACCCUGAGGGACGGCGCCGCCGUUCCUCAAAAAAUGUUUUAACACCAGAUUCAACAUCAGAAGUAACGAGCGUCCGAUAUUCCCAAACUGCCGGUGACCAUGGAGCUGAAACUGCCGGCGGUCGGGGCGCGCAAACUGCCGGCCAUCUUGGCGCCCAAACUGAUGCCGCCAUCGGCAACCAGGCUGCUGCCAGAACCCCUGUGGAAAACUUACGAGAAGGGACAGAGAUGAGUAGAAGCCAGGAUGAACCUCCUUACGAACUUGAGGACCAGUUUAUAUUGCGUCUGCCUCCGGAACAUGCUUCUACUGUCAGGAAGAUAAUACGUUCUGGAAGUGCUGCCAUGAAGGAUAAACUGAACAUUGACUUUUCGUCUGAUGGAUGUCAUGCAGUUGUUGGGGUUGAAGGUGUCUCACUAUCUGCUAAGCUGGUUGAUUUGCCUCAUGCUAUUGAAAGCCUGAAAACUCUGGAUAAAAGAACUUUUUAUAAAACGGCAGAUAUUUCCCAGAUGCUUGUGUGCACUGCUGAUGGUGGUGUCCACUCUGAUCCUGAAGAACCGGUUACUUCUACUGAUCUUAAAGCAAGCAAGAAAAGUGAAAAGGAGAGACAGAAAAAACAUAUCUGGAAGCGUGGCAUGACUCCACCACUUAGGAAUGUCAGAAAGAGAAGCGUCUGCAAAACAACAGAAAAGGUCACUGAUAUCAAACAAAUUGAAGAAGUCCGCUCUCCUGAGGAAGAGGACAUUUCUGCAAGACCCAAGGUGUUAAGUAAGGCUACUGGUAUUCCUUCUUCUCCAACUUUGGUUCAGCACGUUGUACCUCCUGAUGUGGAAGAGGAAGUGAAAAGACUGCUGCGCUCAGAUGCUGAAGCUAUCAGUGUCCGAUGGGUGGUCUUGGCCGAAGGUGAAACCAAGGAAAUAGAAAGUGAAGGCUUCAUUCCAGGCUUUGAGAUAGUCUCAGAAAUGAGUGGCUGUAAGCAGCGUCAUACUUCAACAGAAUAUGGUGUGUUUCGGGAGAUGGACAAUGACUCUAGCAGUAACAGUGUUGAAGUUGAGCAUGAUAAGGAGGAAGAUGAAGAGGGAGAGGAUGAUGCGGAUAAAGACAAGGAAGAGGAGGAAGAUUAUGAUGUGCAUAUGGAAAGGGAGCCUCAGGACAAGUUCAUUGAAUCUGGCCAGUAUGAGGCAAAGGAGGGAGCCAGCUCAACAGUCACGGAAAUUCAGAAGCAGACUCGUUACAUGCAGAAAAAGCUCCGAAAGAUUGAGCGCAACGCACAAAGACAGAAGAAGGUCAUUAUGAAAGUGGAAAACCUAAUGCUCAAGGGUCAUUUACAGUCUGUGCUGGAGCAGCUUAAGCUACAGGAAAAACAAAUAAAUGAGGAGAUCAUUUCUCUACGGGAAAGCCUGAAUGAUUUUCUGAGGAAGUGA